GGGCUCGCCAGGAUGGGGAAGGGGAGGUGGAGUUUCCAAGUGGGAACUUGACCCGUUACCAUUAGCGGUCAUGGCGGCGCGCUCGCCGUCCUCACCGCUCCCUCCGCCCUCGGCGCGACCGCUGGGCCCCCGGUCCCCACGUAUUGGGCGGGGAGCUGAGGUCCACACGGUGCGCAGCGAAGCCUCGGGGCUUGCCAGCACAGUGCGGGAGGUCGUCGUGGAUAAAAAUGACAUACUCUGGCGGGGCGAAGAAGGGUCAGGGGCACCUCGAGGGCCCGCGGGGGCUGCUCCGGCUCAUGCUCCCCUCCUCAGCGAGCCUGUGGGGUCCAGGCGGCUAGAGGGCAUCUCGGUAGAGGAGGCGAAGAUGACCCGGACGCAGCUACUGGAGGAAGAGUUGAGCUGCCUAAAGGAGGAGCUGGCAUUGUGUCAGGCUGAUAAAGAAUUUGUAUGGUCAUUGUGGAAACGCCUCCAGGAAAAAAAUCCAGAUCUCACACAGGCUGUCAGUUUAGUUGUGGAAAGAGAAAAACAAAAAUCUGAAGCAAAAGACAGAAAAGUUCUAGAAAUUCUGCAAGUCAAGGAUGCUAAAAUACAAGAAUUGGAACAGAAAGAAUCAGUACUAAAAGAGGAAAUAAAUGACCUUCUACAACAGAAGAUUUCAGUAGAUGAAGAAUAUACUUUCUUGAGGAAAGAAUUCAAUGACUUGCAGAAGAAAUUUAAAGAUAAAAGUCAAGAAGAUAAGGACACUAAGGAAUGUGUAAAGAAUAAAGAAGAGCAAAAUAGGCUGGUUAUAAAAAAUCUAGAGGAGGAAAAUAAGAAAUUGAGUACACGCUGCACUGACCUGUUAAAUGACCUGGAGAAACUAAGGAACCAAGAAGCACAUUGGAAAAAAGAAAAAUAUGGCAUUGAUGCAAAAAUAAAGGCCUUUGAAGAAAAUUUAAUUGAAGCAAAGAAAGAAAUUGAAGUAUCACAAAGUAAAUAUAAUGCUCUAUCAAUACAGUUGAAUAAUAAACAGACUGAACUUCUUCAAAAGGAUAUGGAUAUUACCCUGGUCAGGAAAGAAUUGCAGGAGCUGCAAAAUCUUUACAAACAGAACAGUGCACAUACAGCACAGCAAGCAGAGCUGAUCCAGCAGCUUCAGGUUCUCAAUAUGGACACACAAAAAGUACUGAAAAAUCAGGAAGAUGCCCAUACAGCUGAAAGUAUAUCAUACCAAAAACUCUACAGUGAGUUACACGUUUGUUUUGAAACCACAAAAUCAAAUGAAUCUAUGCUCCGUCAAAGUGUCGUUAAUCUUCAGGAUCAACUAUUUCAAAAAGAACAAGAAAAUGCAAAAUUAAAAAAAAAACUUCAAGAAUCACAAGGAGCACCAUAUUCUUCACUUCAAGAAAAUGAUUCAGACCACUCAGCACAGUUAUCUCUACAGCCAUCAUUAUCGAGCUUGGAAACAUUAAUGGUCUCACAGAAGUCUGAAAUUGAGUAUUUACAGGAGAAACUGAAAAUAGCAAAUGAAAAGCUGUCUGAGAACAGAUCUACCAACAAGAGUUUCUCAGAGAAGAGCAUCAUGACCAAUACUGAAGGAAAACUUAAGGAACCACCUGUGAAACGUUCAAGGUCUUUGUCCCCAAAGAGCUCUUUUGUAGACUCAGAGGAGCUGAGGAAGCUGAGAAGAGCUGAAAGAAAGAUUGAAAACUUAGAGAAGGCCCUACAACUAAAGAGCCAAGAAAAUGAUGAGCUAAGAGAUGCCCAUGAAAAACGCAAAGAAAGGCUACAGAUGUUACAGACCAACUACAGAGCAGUAAAAGAGCAAUUAAAACAGUGGGAAGAAGGCAGUGGCAUGAUUGAAAUCAGAAAAAUAAAGAGAGCAGAUCCCCAACAACUUCGACAAGAAGAUUCUGAUGCCGUGUGGAAUGAACUGGCAUAUUUCAAAAGGGAGAACCAGGAACUAAUGAUUCAAAAAAUGAAUCUUCAGGAAGAAUUGGAUGAACUUAAAGUACAUAUAUCUAUUGAUAAGGCAACAAUACAAGAAUUGAAUAGAUGUAUGGCAGAGAAAAGAGAAGAACAAGUCUUUAGAUACCGUGAAGAUGAUGGGGUCAAGAAGAGUACUCCAGAGAAGAAUGGGAAAGAAAUAUCGGAGCAGACAUUACAGAAGGUCAUUGAGUUGGAAAAUCGGCUAAAAUCUUUUGAGAAAAGGUCAAGAAAAUUAAAAGAAGGGAAUAAAAAAUUAAUGAAAGAAAAUUAUUUCCUGAAAUCUCACUUAAAACAGCAUCAAGAAGAUGCGGAGACUAGAGAAAAAGAGCUAGAAGAGCUACGAAAGAAAAGUGAAGAUGUUGAAAAAGACAAAACUGAACUUCAAGGAAAAAUCAGUGAGCUACAGAGAGAAGUCGCUUCCCUAAGGAAACAAGUGGCAGAAGCUAAUGCAUUGAGAAAAGAAAAUGAAGGGCUGAUGAAAUUGCACCAUUCAGCAGACAAAGCUGGAUUAGAGAUUGCCACCACAGAAGGGAGAUCUGGACAGUAUGAUUGUAAGACAACCACGACCAAGGUUAAAUUUAAAGCUGCCAAGAAAAAGUGCUCUGUGGGUCGUCACCACACUGUUCUCAAUCACUCCAUCAAGGUUAUGAGUAACGUUUUUGAGAACCUCAGCAAGGACGGCUGGGAGGAUGUGAGUGAAAGCAGCAGUGAUUCUGAAACACAGACCUCUCAAAAUUUGGGAACAAUUAUUGUGGAAACAUCGCAGAAAAUAAGUCCUAUAGAAGAUGGAAGAGACCAGAAAGAAAGUGAUCAAACAGAAGACAUCCAAACACAAGGGAAGGAAUUAGUACAAACAAAUUCAAAUAUAGAUGGCAAGACCCCAAAGGAUAUUUUUCAUUAUAAUAAUACAAAAAAAACAGCAUUUCAGAAGAAUGGUAAUAUGCCAAAAAGUUUACAUACAGUAGUUCCUACCAGAGUUAACAGAGAAAAGUACAAAAAUGUAACUGCCCAGAAAUCAAGUACCAACAUUAUUUUAUUACGAGAACGAAUUAUAUCUCUGCGACAACAAAACAGUGUACUUAAGAAUGCCAAAAAAACAGCAGAAUUAUCUGUUAAAGAAUAUAAAGAAGUUAAUGAAAAGCUCCUCCAUCAACAGCAGAUAUCUGAUCAGCGAUUUCAAACAAGCAAACAAACAAUAAAGAAGUUAAAUUUGGAUUUGGCUGAGCUUCGGAAGGAAAAAGAAGAUUUACUAAAAAAAUUGGAGUCCUCAUCUGAAAUCACAAGUUUGGCAGAAGAAGUUUCCCGGAUAACAACUCCUCGGAUACACAUUACAUCACUGAGUCCUUCAAGGAGCAUGGAUCUGGAAAUGAAGCAAUUGCAGUGUAAACUAAAGAAUGCAACCAAUGAAUUUACUAAGCAGUCAUCAAACAUGAAGUCUCUGAAGUCUGAACUCCUAGCAAAAGAAGAAUACAUAAAGGAAAUGCAUGAAAAGAUGUCUCGAAUGGAGAGGAAUAUAACCAUGAAAAGACAUUUAAUAGAGGACUUGAAAUUUCGACAGAAAGUUAAUUCAGAAAGUAAUGAGAGUUUUAGUGAAAUGUUAGAAAAUCUUGAAAAAAAGGUAAAGACAUUAACUGAAGAAUGUUCCAAUAAGAAGGUAUCAAUUGAUUCACUAAAGCAGAGACUUAAUGUUGCUGUAAAAGAAAAGUCACAGUAUGAACAGAUGUAUCAGAAAACUAAAGAGGAGUUAGAAAAAAAGGAUCUCAAGCUUACUUUCCUGUUCUCAAAAAUAAAUGAGACUGAAUCAGCAAUGGCAGAAAUUGAAACAGCAGCAUCUAAACAACUUCAAGGAUUAGCACUACAAAGUGAGCAGGUUCUGGAAGGUGCACAGAAGAAAUUGCUAUUAGCCAAUGAGAAAGUUGAAGAGUUCACCAUAUUUGUGAAGGCUUUGGUGAAAGAGUUAGAAAAUGAUGUCUAUGUGAUAAGGCAACAAAUCAGAGAGCUUAAAAAACUACAGAAAAACAGGAACACUUGUAAAACCUCAGCCCAGAAAGCUCAGACCCUGGCAGCUUCUAUCCUGAACAUUUCACGGUCAGACUUAGAGGAAAUAUUGGAGACAGAAGAUGAAUCGGAAAUUGAAAAGAUAAAGAUAGAAACUGAAAAUGACAAGGAAUGGCUGUUAUACAUUCAGAAACUUCUAGAAGGACAGCUUCCUUUUGCCUCAUAUUUACUAGAAGCAGUGCUGGAGAAAAUAAAUGAGAACAAGAAACUAGUUGAAGUCUAUUUCACAAUUAUGAAAGAUAUUUGAUGACAUUACAAAUGGAGAACUUUUUUCAUUGUGAAAAUUUUUAUAUGAUAUAAUUGGAAAACAUGCAUUAUAAACCUGAUACAGUAUUUGUUCCAACUAUCAAUAGUUAGGUUUAUUACCAAAAUAAGAAGUCUCUGAAACUAAUUAAUUGCUGAACAAGUGACACUAAUUAAGGGCACAGCCAUUUAAGAGGAAAUAGUGUAGCAUUUGAUUGUUGAAUACAAAUAUUGCCACAAAUCAAUGCAAACUUAAAAAUUAUUUUCCUUCCAGUGCUUUUAAAAGAAACUAGAAGAAGCUUGGCAUACAGAAAUUGGACUGAGCAUAUAAUGAAAAGGGGGUAAACUAGGGAUUUAAUGUACUAAAGUUUAUAAAGAAAGUAGACAUUUUGCAGAAAACUGCUAUUUAUAGCAGUUAAAGUGUCCAGUGAGCAGCAUAUCUGUACUAAGGUGUCCAGUGAGCAGCAUAUCUGUACUAAAGGCAAGUAUGAAAUAAAGCAUAUCUUAAGGAUGAGAACUUAAUGAAAUAAAUUGUGUGGUUCAAUUGUAUAUUCUCAUUGAUAUACUGGAUUAAUAUACAUGUUACUAUGUUUUUCUAGAACAAAAAUAAAAUUCCGUCCUUCUCCCCCUUCC